GAGGGUGCCUUUGGUUUUUUGAUUUGCGUCUCAGGAUGAAAGUCUUAAAGGGAGCGCUGCUGCUGCUGCUGCUAGCUGUUGCUAACUCAAAGCCAGACCACCAUCACGAUCACCAACACAAUCACACGGAUGAAAAGACUGCGGACCCCGAUCAAUGCCAGGUCCUACAGAUGCUCGCCGAAGACAACCUGCAGCAGGUUUUGGGGGACUGGGUUCUGGUCUGGGCGGUGUCGGACCACCAAGAGGGUCAGGACAUCCUGAAGAACCUCAGCAGCUCCCGAGUAGAGAUGAGACUUCAGGAGGACAAUCAGACCCUGAUGUUCACCAAGAGGAACCUCUUCAGUGACAACAAGUUCCUCAACUACCACAUCAACAUAUCCAUGGAGCUCCUGCACAACCCCAACCAAACAAUGCACCCCAUCGAAGGCAAAAAGAGACUUGAAUUUGUCCUCACUUCUCAGACCUUCAUUUCCAACUCUUCUCAUUUAAAGUCAGAAUCUGAAGCUCGGACAGAUUUGCUAUCAGCUGGACGUGAGUUUUAUUUGGUGGAGAACCUCGGGCCAGGCCAUCUGUUAGUACUGGCAGGACCCACGCUGCCUGGCGCUCCUGAACGCAGCGCGGGUCGCUGCUCGGAAAAAAUGUUGAAGAGGAAAUAUUAG